AUGACUAUUGUAUAUUGCUUAUUGGUUGUUGCUGUUAAAAGGAAUUGGGACAUUUCUCAAAUAGACGUCAACAACGCAUUCUUGCAUGGGGAUUUGCAAGAGGAGGUUUUAAUGAAAUUUCCUGCCGGAAUGAUACCUCCUUCCCUUAAUCAUGUUUGUCGACUCAAAAAGUCAUUAUAUGGGUUGCGGCAAGCCUCUCGACGAUGGUAUGCUAAGCACACAGCAGCCCUCAAUUUCAAAGAGGGGAAGACUUCUCUUGUUGCAGUUUAUGUAGACGACAUAUUAUUAACUGGUAAUGACCCCACAGAGAUUGCAUUUCUUAAACUUUUCCUCGAUCAUGAAUUCAAAAUUAAGGAUUUAGGGAAGGUUCAUUAUUUUUUAGGACUGGAAAUUCUACGUGAACCACAAGGGAUCAUACUGAGCCAAAGAAAAUUUACCUUGGACCUUUUGUCUGAAUUUGGUGUUCUAAAUUUGAAGCAUGCUUCCUCUCCUAUUGAUCCUUGCUCCAAACUUCGAGCAAAUGAAGGUGCCUUGUUCUCUAAUCCUACACUUUAUUGCCAACUUCUAGGCAAGUUGAAUUUUCUCACACACACUCGGUCGGAUCUCUCUUUUGCAGUCCAGCAUUUGAGUCAGUAUAUGCAGACCCCUUGUGUCCCUCAUUUUGAGGCAGCUUUGCGAUGUUUGCGUUAUCUUCUCAACAAUCCAGGAAUGGGAUUGUUUCUGUCAUCUUCUCGUUCUUUUGAUUUAAUUGCUUUUUAUGACUCGGAUUGGGGAACUUGCCCAGACACGCGACGUUCCAUCAGUGGAUACUUCAUCACUUUUGGCAAUUCUCCUGUAUCUUGGAAGUCCAAGAAACAAGCUUUGGUCUCUUUGUCAUCGGCAGAGGCAGAAUAUAGGUCAAUGCGUCGAGUAGUGGCUGAAAUAACUUGGCUUGUACGACUUUUGCAAAAUCUCUCUGUUUCUCCAUUAUUUCCGGUGGCUCUUCAUACUGAUAGUCAGGCAGCAAUUCAUAUCGCCAAAAACCUGGUAUUCCAUGAGCGUACAAAGCACGUCGACCUUGAUUGCCACUUUGUGCGUCAACAAUACAUUGUUGGACUCAUCUCUUUGUCAUUCGUACCGUCAAGUUCUCAGAUUGCAGAUGUUUUUACAAAAACCCUCUCUGGCCCUAAUCAUCAGUCUAUUCUGG